CAUCGCUGGAAGUCCUCGCGCAUGCGCUGUAGCAUGUAAACAUAAGAACAUCGGCUGACUCUGAUUGUUAUAGAACGCUAGUUAAGCGGUUCGGUUUAAGCUUAAAUUAAAAUUUGGUUGAUUCUAACCGUCUGAGUUCGAAGUGUGGUACAACUGUUAAGCGAUAAGCUGAACGCGUUUGGUGAAAUAGUAACUCUAAAAGCGGUCAUUUUCCAGUGCCGACGUAAAGGCUAAUAGCGUUAGCUUGUAGAUGACGUAAAGAAAGACAGUCGUUGGCAGUUUAAGCCUUGACGUGAUGUAAAGUAUCCGUUGAUUUCUAUGUUUUUGUUAAAUAAUUUUCCGUUGUCCUGUUAAUUUACCGGCAAUGGCUAAUUUCAUCACUUAAACCACAAUUGAUUAGGUGCGCUCGCUUAAGGUAGCUAAUCAGCUGUCAAAAGCAAGCUAACUGCUAGCAGCCGUCGGGCAGUUUUUAUUUGAUCCAGAGAAGAUUUGCCCAGAACUUCGUCGAGAUUUAUGCAUUUAUUGUCACCACAUGUUGACUGAAAGCAGGAAAAGGAGUGCUGGUGAUGAGAGUGGCCACCUGGUUCCUCAGGCCAAAAGGCAGAACCGAGCUCACCCUCUCUCCCCUGAGCCAGGACGGGAUGCCUGGGACUCGGAGUCCUCCAAUAGUGAGAGCAGUCUCAGUAGUCCGGAUUAUGCAUCUGGGAGCUGUAGCAGCAGCCGCUGCGCCGCGGUCCCCUGCAGUCCCCUCAGCUCCAGCGACUCCUUCGACCUGGGGGGCCCCAAGCAGACGGCUUCCUACCUGCACAUCAACCGCAUUCUGAGGGAGGCACACUUUCAGAGCCUGCAGAGCCGAGGCCACGUCCAAGAGACCCUGUGACCUCAUUCCGUAUCCCCCGAGACGACCUGAUCAGGUAUCAGGGCUUCAGAGAAUCAGCAAUAAGAACUGUGACCAGAGUGGUCUGGUUUACACGCUGCUGCAGUGUGAUGCUUUUUAUUAACACGCGAAUGAGGAGAGCUGCCAAAAAUCCCAAGUUUAGGCCAGUCACUUUCGACUCGUUUAGUCUUCUAUAGUAGGAUGUCUGGCUGAUAUGAAGUCUCAGGGAGGUUGUAGGUCUGAACCUUUCUGUCCUUUUUUUCCUCUCAUAGUUAGCUCCACAAAUCAUCUUCAGAUUCAAUACAAUAAAUAAAAACUCCUAGCACAGCGAUUAUUGCCACAUUUCCACUUUUCUUUUGACUGUCAAAUGUUGCUAUUAAGUCCACAUGACAGAGCAACAAACAAUGACUGUGGUGUACAAAUAAUACAGGCAGCCCCGUGUAACACCUGCCUGUACGUUAUUAGACCCCUUACUCCCGGUGUGUGAUCCUGAAACCCAGAGAAAGCUCAGCUCAGCUUUCAAAAGUUAUUUUUUUCCAUGGUUAUAUUUUUUGUAUUUAGUAGUCAACAUGUCAUUGACUCCUCUUGUAAAUCAUAUCAGAAAUAAUAAAGUGUGGGUUUUUUUUAA